AUGGAGGACGUGGUGGCAGACAUCGAGGACGUGCACCUCGAGCUGGAUGGCGAGUCGGGGCGUGCAGACAGGCUGUUAGAGGCCCAUGUGCAGCGUGUGAGCAAGGCGGGCACAGGCGCCCAGCAGCAGGCGGCAGAACCGCCGUGGGGAGCCGCCGCUGCCGCCGCCAGUGAUGGCGGCUCGGUCGUGCCGGGCACCCAGCGCAUCUGGGUGAAGACGUUUGGCUGCUCCCAUAACUCCAGCGACAGCGAGUAUAUGAUGGGCCAGCUGCAGGAGUACGGCUUCAAGCUGGUGGACGAGGCGGAUAGCGCUGCGGCCGACCUGUGGCUGCUGAACACGUGCACAGUGAAGAGCCCCAGCCAGUCAGCGAUGGACACGUUGCUGCGGCGGGGGCGCCGGCUGGGCAAGGCGCUGCUGGUGGCGGGCUGCGUGCCGCAGGGCGACCGGCGGACGGCGGAGCUGCGCGGCCUGUCGCUGCUGGGCGUCACGCAGAUCGACCGCGUGGUGGAGGCGGUGGAGGAGACGCUCAAGGGGCACACCGUGCAGCUGCUGGCCAAGAAGGCGCUGCCCAGGCUGGAUCUGCCCAAGGUGCGGCGCAACCGGCACAUCGAGAUCCUGCCAUUGUCCACGGGGUGCCUGGGCGCCUGCACAUACUGCAAGACCAAGCACGCCCGUGGCCAGCUGGGCAGCUACGACCCAGCUGAGCUGGUGCGGCGUGCGGCGGCAGCGGCAGCAGACCCGCAGGUGCGGGAGAUUUGGCUGAGCAGCGAGGACACCGGGGCCUAUGGGCGCGACAUCGGCACCAGCCUGCCCGCCCUGCUGCGGGAGCUGGUGGAGGUGCUGCCGCCGGACGGGCGGUGCAUGCUGCGCGUGGGCAUGACCAACCCGCCCUUCAUCCUGGAGCACCUGGCAGAGGUGGGGGCCAUCCUGCGGGACGACCGAGUCUUCUCAUACCUUCACGUGCCGGUCCAGUCUGGCAGCGACGCGGUGCUGACGGCCAUGCGGCGAGAGUACAGCGCCGCGCAGUUCCGGCGCGUGUGCGACACGCUGCUGGCGGCGGUGCCGGGGCUGGAGCUGGCCACAGACAUCAUCUGCGGCUUCCCCGGUGAGACUGAGGAGGACCACGGCGCGACGCUGGCUCUGCUGGACAAGUACCGCUUCCCUCACUGCCACAUCUCGCAGUUCUACCCGCGGCCCGGCACGCCCGCGGCGCGCAUGCGGCGCGUGCCCACUGCCGUGGUCAAGCAGCGCAGCCGGGAGGUGACCGCGGCGGUGGAGUCAUGGUGCGGCUCGUACUCGGGCCUGGUGGGCGCAACCCAGCGCUGCUGCGUGGUGGACACCGCCGCAGACGGCGUGCACGCUGUGGCGCACAACAAGGCAUACACACAGGUGCUAGUGCCUGCCGAGGCGCCCGACGGCAGCGGCAGCCUGCUGGGUUGCGUGGUGGAGGCGCGGGUGGUGUCUGCCAGCCGCUGGUCGGUCAAGGCAGAGGUGGUG